AUGAAUCAACAACAUGUUAUAAUUAUGCUCUCCGACUCGGCACCAAGUUCUCUCCUGAAAAACCACUAUUCUAUUGAUAGGAAAUUUAGAAAAUUAUGGCUGGAGCGCAGAGAAGACAAUUAUCAAUACAUUCCGAUAGAAUUUUCUCAUGAUAAGAAUUUUCUACUCAAGUUUAUUAGAAGAGAAAAUUGUGGAAGGGAUUUUCCAAAGGCCAUUUCGAUAUUUGAACAGAUUCCUCCGAGCCUACAACAAGAUGAAGACAUUUUCGUUGAAUUUUUUGUAAGCUUUUGUAAACAAGGGAAAAAAUUGCAAGAUCGAUUGACUGAGGAAAUGGUUGUAAAAUUAGCUAAAAGAUACCAAUUUAGUGAUAUUAUUAAGAUUGGAUCAGUAAAAAAGGAGUUAGUGAAAUGGAUAAAUUGUAGGAAUGUACUAUUGGAAUGUGUAAGAAAUGGAGAUUCAGAAAUUCUUUCGCAUGUUUCGCAACAAUUAAGAAAGGACAGGGAAUUAAUGAUGGAGGCAGUGAAAAACGAGCCAUUAUCUAUCAAGUUUGCUGAUAAAUCAUUACAGAAUGAUAGAGAAUUGGUAUUUGAGGCUGUGAAACGAAACGGAAGAGCAUUGGAAUACACAUUUUCAUUUCGAAAUGAUAGGGAAAUUGUGAUAACAGCUGUCAAUACUCAUCCUGAGAUUCUUAAAUAUGUAAAUUCCAAUUUACAAAAUGACUUUGAAUUAGUAAUGGAAGCAAUCAAAAGCCAAGGUUCUUGCAUCCAAUAUGCAUCAACAACUCUCAAAAAAGACAGAAACAUUGUCAUGAAAAGUGUCACUCGCUACGGAGCAGCUCUUCAAUAUUUGGACGAUUCACUAAGGAAUGAUAGAGAAAUAGUGCUCCAAGCAGUGAAUCAAAAUGGUGCAGCUCUCAAAUAUGCCUCCAAUGAAUUGAAAAAUGAUAGAGAGCUGGUCAUGAUAGCUAUUCAAAAGAAUCCAGAAGCAUACGAAUUCUGCUCCACAGAAUUGAAACAUGACAAGACAUUGGCUUUGCUUGCAAUUUCAAAGAAUCGAUUUCUUACUUCCUUAAUUCCCCUAUCUCUACAGAAAGAUACUGAAAUUCAACAACAUCUUUAUCAGAGUUCUCCACCAAAUAGCAAUAUUUCAUCUCUAUAUGAUCCUCAAAGAAAUAUCAGAAUGGAUGGAACAAAUUUGGGUUAUUUAUUAAACGGACAAAACAGAAAGAACAACUUGCUACUUCAGAUCGAAGCAGUUAAAUCCAAUGGAUUCUAUGUACAAUACUCGAAAGAAUUAUUUGACAUUCGCAUGAAGGAAGCCUAUCAAAACAUCACCUUAGGAAAUCGAGUCCAAUAUCCCUAA